AACAGCCAGCAACGUGCAUUCAGAAUGCGUUUCAUCCUCUUGGUUUUGAUCAACUUUGCGCUCGCCUGCCUGAUCCUGGCGAGGGCCAACACGGAGGAGCUGCACAAGCAGCAAAUUUCCCAUGACGAAGCCUCACUGAAGGGCAAAACAAACAAAGCUGCAGUCAAGUUGGAGCCACCGACGACGCCAUCUCAUUUGAGUUUCUUUUUGCGGCAUUUGUCCACGACCAGAGCACCGACCACAGCGGCAGGCGCGUCCAAGAAGCGCUUGAGCACAGUUAGUGCAGCCAAAUCUGAGCUCACCUCACCCACCAAAGCAUCCAAGCAUCCAGAGAGCAAGAUCAACAAAGGAAUCGUUUAUCAGACAACAAACAAGAAUGAGCUCAAGGGAACCACGAAAGUCCACACAAAGAUCGCUGGAAACCGCACGACGCCCAGCACUAGAGAACACAGCAAAACCACUAGCAAAAUGAGCGACAAGCCCACCUCCAAGUCGAAGGUAAAGGCCAUCAAACACGGGUCCAAGGCGCCAAUGAAGCAUGACUCUAAGGCACCGAUAAAGACGGAAACAAAAUCCAACUCCAAGCAUGAAUACAAAACGACGGCAAAGAGCGAAGCAAAGGCCACAGCUAGGACUCCCACAAGGAGCGAUACAAAAUCCCAUUCCAGCCACAAACCAAUCGCCAAGGCUAGCAACAAGAUCGCCGUGAAACCCACCCACAAAUCGGACAUCAAGGCUGCUAAGAACGACCCAGAGGCCACACCAAAGACCCACACAAAACCAGCCACCAGCAGCGCCAAAACAAAUACGAAGCUCACCACCAAGAUCGAUGCAAAACCCACCAGAAGACCUUACAGCAAGAGCCAACAGCACGACACCAAGGCAAAGUCCGACGCGAAGGCUCCAAAGUCCGACAACAAGCCAACCACAAAGACAGACACUAAACCUCAUCCCAAACAGGAGUCUGCGACAACCACGAAGAGUGAUUUGAAGAGCAGCACCAAUGCGCCAACAAUGAUCGAGACAACGGCAACCCCAAACAUCAACAAGGCCACACCCGACAGCACCAAAGCCACGGGGCCAAACACCAGCAGCACACCCACAAAGACCGAGACAACAGCAAAGCCUAGGGCAGAGGUUGAGAGCACCACCCAAGGUGACAUCAAGCCCACAACCAGCAAUGCCCCGACUGUGAUGGACACAAAACCCACCACACCAAGCACUAACAAAGACACCACAAAACACGCCGAGAGUAAGUCCGAUCACGUGCCAGUCGCCAAAACACAUUCCAAGACGGACAGCAAAACCCACUCCAAAACUGCCUCCAAAUCUCACGCCAAGACAGACACCAAAGCACAUUCCAAGGCGCACCCCAAGGCGAACUCCAAGGCGCACUCUAUGAACCACCUAAAGACGGACACCAAGAGUCACAGCAAGGCACAUGGCCAUGUCAAGAAUGAGCAAAAGACCCACGCCAAGGCACACGCCAAGCCCCACUCCAAGACCCAAUCGAAGACUCAUCCCAAGAGCCAUAGCAAGCCACACGCCAAGAGUCACUCCAAGGCACACACCAAGGCGCAGCCUCCCCACAAGACGGACACCACCAAAGCCCCUGCAAAGACUCAAAAGAAUCGCCGCUCCAGCAAUGAGACUGCUGUGCUCAAGCCGGAUGUAAUCAGCGCAGGCAACGGAUCUAAUUGGAAGCUACUGGAGACACCCAAGCCAGAAAUGAUAACAACGCCUGUGGCUCAUAUCAAGGCAGAAGGAUUAUCCCCUACGCCUACAACUGCUCCUGUCAAGGGAGAAACAAUUUCCACUGCGACCGCAUCCGCUCCUGUCCAAGCAAAAAUAUUAUCCACAACUCUCGCAGCUUCUUCUGUCAAGGGACAAAUAUUAUCCACAACGCCAGUGGUUGCUCUUGUCCAGGGAGAUAUUUUACACACUCCGACUGUAGCUUCUCCCUUGGGAGGAAAAAUAUUGUCCACAACUCCAGCAGCUUCUGCUGUCAAGGGACAAAUAUUACCCACUACGCCCGUGGCUCCUGUCAAAGGGAAAAUUAUAUCCGCAGCUCCCGCAGCCUCUGCCAUCAAAGGAGUAAUUUUAUCCACAACUCCCGCAGCUCCUCUCAAGAGUCCAUCCAUUUCUACGACUCUGCCUGCCAGCACCACAGGUCGUCCCGUGCUUGAGGGCUUCGCUCUAGUCGAAGCGUCGAGCCUGCAGGAGGUGGAUCUUGCCAUACACAAAAUGAUGGAAAGCACCACGGCGGACAUCAAGAAUAAAGGAUUUCGCUGAUGACGAACAGGACUGGCGGAGCUGGCCCACAUUCUUAUCUUACGCUUCAA